AUGCAGCGUCUAUCUUCAAAAACCGAUUCCUAUGACAUUUUGGGCUUUCAGGGGGAAGGGAAUUUUGGAACAGUGCUAAAAUGCAUAAAGAGGAGCAGCGGUGAACUUGUGGCAAUAAAAACUCAUAAGAAAAAUGUCCGCAGAUGGGAAGUUGAGAAUGAACUUAGGAUGCUGACAGCAUUGACAGAGGUGGAUUCAGAGAGGUGCCACAUUGUUCGUUUUUAUGAAUAUUUCUAUGUCUUCAACAAAUGCUGCUUGGCUUUUGAAUACAUGGAACAAAGCUUAUUUGAAUUUCAGAAAAAGAACAGUUUUUCUCCAUUACCAAUAAGACAUAUAAGGACAAUUAGCAUUCAGGUCUUAAAAGCUUUAUACAAGUUAAAAGAGCUGUCUAUCAUUCAUACAGAUUUAAAGCCAACAAAUAUCAUGUUGGUUGACCAGGGAAUAUUCCCAUUCAGGGUCAAAGUAAUUGAUUUUGGGUCUGCAAGUAAACAUAAUAAAGUCCAGAAUAUCAAGGGUUCUUACAUCCAAACACGUUACUACAGAGCCCCUGAAGUCAUUCUGGGAUUGCCCUUCUCUGAAAAGGUGGAUAUGUGGUCCCUUGGGUGCAUUAUGUCCGAACUACAUCUUGGACGUCCUCUUUACCCUGGUCGGAAUGAGCAUGAACAAAUAUCUUAUAUCUGUGAUACCCAGGGAAUGCCGAACAGCAACUUGUUGACCAAGGGUUGCAAAGCAACAAACUUUUUCACUAGGGAAAGAAAUAACAACAUGGACAUCAUAUGGCAACUUAAAUCAAUGGAUCAAUACCAAAUGGAAACCAAAGGAACACCUCUGAAAAAGAGAAACUUUAUCCUGCAAUCCUUGGACCAGAUGGCAUUGUUGAAUGCUCCAAAGGCUCCUUACACCAACAAUGAGGCCCUGGCUGAAUGUGAAGACCUGAACCACAUGGUUCAUUUGAUAAAGGUGAUGCUGACCUGGGACUCCCAGGAGAGGAUAAGUCCUCUGACAGCCAUCACACAUCCAUAUAUUACACUCAUGGAAAUGAAAAGGAAAUAUACUAAUACCAAAUAUUUCCAGUUUUGUAUGCAGAGUCUUAAAGACUCAUUUAAUAAAGAUGAAAGUGAGCAAUACAGCAAAUGGGAAGAGAAUUAUGAUGUACAAGACCACCAUGAUUAUUGCUGUGGUGAGACAAAGCAGAAUAUAACAUCUAUGGAUUCUCACCAGCAAAAUAUUAGCAAAAAGGUUAAUCUGAGCUCUGGCACUUCCAAAAACAACUCUGUUGCUGGAAAAGCUCAUAUCUUGGUUAAGGAUCUACCACCAUCACGUAAGGUUAGUUUUAUUUAA